AUGAAAAAGUUCUUUGGAAGCAAAUCCACAAAGGACAAGAAGCCAGGCUCUUCCCCCCCUCCCCAGGUCCACGCUCAGCUUCCACGUCCCUCCAAUGGCCAUCAACAACAGCCUCCACCAGCCGCCUCCACCCCUCCACCCGGUGCCGCAACCAUGCACUUUACCUCCCUCGCCGGAACCCCAUCAUCAGGACCUCCUCCCGGCCAGAACGGUGGUGGCCAGAACGGCUACGGUAACGGUGGAGCACCAGGAGGAGGCGGAUACCCUCCCUCGACCGCAGGGGGUGGAUACCCGCCCAUUAGCGCACCACCAUCCUCAUCCUCCUAUGGCUACAACGGCCAACAGCAACAUUCACAGUACUCAGGAAUGCCACAACCUCACCAUCUCCAACAACAACAACAACAGCACCAGCACCAGCAGCAGCACCAUCAACAACAACAACACGGUGGUAUCCCUGCCCCACCUUCUUCAAACGCAAUUUACCCACCACGCCAACAACAGGCCCCUGUCCCCAGCCCUCCUCCUUCUUCUGGCGGUGCGUACCAGGCCUCUGCAUACAACCCCGGCUAUAUGGUUGCUCAACAGGGACCAGGUCAAACCAACGGCGGCAGCAAACUGACAGGUGAUCCCAAGGAGGACUAUCCCAUCGUGAUGGCAAUCGACUUUGGAACAACGUUUACUGGAUGCGCGUUCGCUUUCCGAAAGGAUCCUGAAAUACAAGAGAUCAUCACCUGGCCCAAGCAGGCAUACCAGUAUCCAAAAGUGCCGACUAUCAGCUUGUACAAACUGGACUCGCCCGACUUUCUGGACUGGGGAUACCCUGCGCGUGCAGUGAUGAUGACGCCCAACGCCAAGAGGCACCUGUUGUUGAGCAAGUUCAAGUUGCAGUUGGAUGACCAGCAGGAACACAUUGAGCCUUUACCCCUGGGAAUCAAACCUCUGGACGCGAUCUCGGACUACCUCGGCAAGUUCCACAGCCACGUUGUCAAGGAGGCGAUGAAGAACUUUGGAUCGACCUACGACCAGUCCCAUAUCCAGUACUGUCUGACGGUUCCCGCCAUGUGGUCUGAUCGUGCCAAACAUGUGAUGCGUUUGGCGGCUGUCCGGGCUGGAAUGAUCAAGGAAGAGGAUCCCGCUCAUCGUCUCAUUAUCGUCUCGGAACCCGAAGCCGCCGCCAUGUACUGUCAGUCCAAGGGCGAUCAAUUCAACCUCCAGAAGCACGACCGAUUCUUGAUUUGCGAUGCCGGUGGUGGAACGGUCGAUCUGAUUGUCUUUGAGGUCGUGGAUGUGAAUCCCGAGACGGGCAUCCGGAGUUUGCGGGAGGUGACUCGUGGUCAUGGUGCGUCCUGUGGAUCGGCCUUCUUGGAUGCCAACAUGGAGAAGCUAUUGAGGGAAAAGUUCCAAAAAUACCCCCUGACGCCCAUGGGAUGGGGAACUAUCAUGGACACGUUUGUCAACCAGACAAAGCCCAUCUUCCCAGGAACAGACCCCGAAAUGUACCUCCAGGUGCCCAACAUUCCCAACUUGCCUGAUGCGAACGAUCUGGAUAUCGGACUGGAGGAUGGUAUGCUGAAGUUGAUGGUCUCGGAGCUGCACGAGCGCGUCUUUGACCCUGUUGUCAAGGAUGUGUUGGACCUGAUUGAGCACCAGCUCAAUCAGACCCAUUGCGAGGCUAUCUUCUUGGUUGGUGGAUUCGGUUCGUCAAGGUACCUGUUUGAUCGUGUCACGGCCAAGUUUGCGACGUCCGGUCGUCAAGUCCGUGUCCCCCCUCGUGCAGAGUUGGCGGUUGUCCGUGGUGCAGUCACCUAUGGUCUCCAUCAGGGCUCGAUUAUCUCGCGUGUUGCCCGUCGUUGGUACGGAGUCGACUCGGCUAUGGAUUUCGUCCAGGGCGUCGAUCCAGAAGAGAAGAAGACGCUCUCGCGCGAUGGAACCACGCGUUGCAAGGAUCGCUUCUCGGUCUAUAUCCAUCCUGGUCAGUCUGUAGCCCUGGGCGAGUGUGUGACCAAGAAGUACAUGACCUGGUGCUACCCCCGUCCCUUGGACUGCCCCCUGUAUGUCUCGGACUCUGCAGAAGAACCCCGUUAUGUCGAUGAGCCGUCGGUUAAGAAGCUGGGAGAUUUCCAGAUCCCUAUGCCGGAUAUCCCAGGCAUGAUGCCUGGUUCUGAGGUACUGGUCGAGGUCAAGAUGCAUUUCGGAGAGACGGAAGUUCGUGCCGAGGCCUUGGUCUUGGGUCAGACUGUCACCGCUGUCUGCCAAUGGAUCGGUUAA